AACUCUCGUCCGCUUUGGCUCCCUCGCUUUGACAAACGACUGGAUCUUAUAUGCCUGUGUACCCCCCUAUUUCCACUCCAUGCCCCCAUGCUUCUGUGCCAGCAACAGGACACGUUCUCUGGGUGUCAGCUGAGUUAUUAAGAUAACUCUGCACGUCAGUAGAUAGUCCUUGGUAGACUUCCAAGGUUCCUGGAGACUUCCAUCUCACCUCUUUUUUUUUUUUUUUUUUGGUGUGUGUCCUCACUGAACAUUCAAAACUGUUUCUCCAAAGGGUUUUGCAAAAACUCAGACUGUUUUCCAAAGCAGAAGCACUGGAGUCCACCACAGAAGCGAUGGGCAGUGUGCGAACCAACCGCUAUAGCAUUGUCUCUUCAGAAGAAGACGGCAUGAAGUUGGCCACCAUGGCAGUUGCCAAUGGCUUUGGGAAUGGAAAGAGUAAAGUCCACACUCGACAGCAGUGUAGGAGCCGCUUUGUGAAGAAGGAUGGCCACUGCAACGUCCAGUUCAUCAACGUCGGGGAGAAGGGACAACGGUACUUGGCUGACAUCUUUACCACGUGCGUGGACAUCCGCUGGCGGUGGAUGCUGGUUAUCUUCUGCCUGGCUUUCGUUCUCUCGUGGCUGUUUUUUGGCUGUGUGUUUUGGUUGAUAGCUUUGCUUCAUGGGGAUCUGGAUGCCACUAAGGAGAGCAAAGCUUGUGUGUCUGAGGUCAACAGUUUCACGGCUGCCUUCCUCUUUUCCAUCGAGACCCAGACAACCAUAGGCUACGGCUUCAGAUGUGUCACUGACGAAUGCCCCAUUGCCGUUUUCAUGGUGGUGUUCCAGUCAAUUGUGGGCUGUAUCAUCGAUGCCUUCAUCAUUGGCGCCGUCAUGGCGAAGAUGGCAAAGCCGAAGAAGAGAAACGAGACUCUUGUCUUCAGUCACAAUGCUGUGAUUGCCAUGAGAGAUGGCAAGCUGUGCUUGAUGUGGCGCGUGGGCAAUCUUCGGAAGAGCCACUUGGUAGAAGCUCACGUUCGAGCGCAGCUCCUUAAAUCUAGAAUUACUUCGGAAGGGGAGUACAUCCCCCUGGAUCAAAUUGACAUCAACGUCGGGUUUGACAGUGGAAUUGAUCGUAUAUUUCUUGUGUCCCCGAUUACAAUCGUCCAUGAAAUAGAUGAAGACAGCCCUUUAUAUGAUUUGAGUAAACAAGACAUUGACAAUGCAGACUUUGAAAUUGUUGUGAUACUUGAAGGCAUGGUGGAAGCCACUGCCAUGACAACGCAGUGUCGUAGCUCUUACCUGGCAAAUGAAAUCCUUUGGGGACACCGCUACGAGCCUGUGCUCUUUGAGGAAAAGCAUUACUUCAAAGUAGACUAUUCAAGGUUCCACAAAACUUAUGAAGUCCCCAACACUCCCCUUUGUAGUGCCAGAGACUUAGCAGAAAAGAAAUAUAUCCUCUCAAAUGCAAAUUCAUUUUGCUAUGAAAAUGAAGUUGCCCUCACGAGCAAAGAGGAAGACGAUAGUGACAACGGACUUCCAGAAAGUACUAGUACAGAUACCCCCCCUGACCUAGACCUUCACAACCAGGCAAGUGUACCUCUAGAACCCAGGCCCUUACGACGUGAAUCAGAAAUAUGACUGUACUGACUCUUUCUCUGGAAUAUUUACUUUAAAACACCGUCAGUUGGUCAAAGGCCCAAAGCAGUUAUACAGACGACGGUACUGGUGAAAAGGUGGGUCAAAGCGAGCGGCCACAGUG